UAUGUCCCAAAUUCCACAGUCUUUACCUUGCCCGUUCGCCUUCUAUACCCGUCUCCUUUGCUUUUUUGUCCUCCUUCAAAACCGCCAUGGCCGAUACAGCAAUAGACACUGCACCCGAAACCCUCGAAGCCCUCCAGUCGCGACACCGUAAAGAACAGCGCGACCUCGUGUCCCGCAUAACUCAAAAGAAGAAACAAGCGAGUAAGAAAACGCGCAAAGGUGUAAACGAGGAGUGUGAGGGGUUGGAGAGAGAGUUGAAGGAGAGACAGGAGGCGGAGGUUGCGGCGCUAAAUGGGGAGGGAGACGAGGACGAGAACGAUAGCGAGAAUCAAUGGGCUGAGCAGGGCAUUGCGAAGCUCAGCGUGAACGGCGCGAGCAACGAGAGCAAGGACAGCAGCGUCAAUGGGGAAGAAGAUGCAAAUGCAGCGCAAGCUGAUCGAAAGAAAAGGCCCAACCGCGCAAAGGCACGCCUCGCCCGCCGCGCCGCGGAACAAUCAGCUCUCAUCGCCGACGCAGAACGCGAAGCUGCAAACGCCCCCAACCCGCGCGAACUAGAGCGCGAGCGCAUGGCUUUGCAACUGCAACGCCACAAGCUCUCUUUGCAUGAAAUACGCGCAAAUGGACAUUGCCUGUAUGCUGCGGUUGCGGAUCAGUUGGUGACGAGGGAGCUGGGUCUGGCACCCAAGAUACCUAUUACGAUGGUUGAGGGUGGAAGUGGGGGUGCAGAAAACGGGAAAGUGGAAGAAUACAAGAAGGUCAGAUAUGCGGCAGCCGACUGGAUACAGGCGCACGCGGACGACUUCGCGGGCUUCAUGGAAGACUCGGUACCCGAACACGUUCGCAAAAUUCGGCAGACAGGCGAGUGGGGCGGGCAUUUGGAGUUGCUUGCACUAGCCAGGACGUAUGGCGUAAGAAUAUGUGUGCUGCAUAGCGAUGGACAAGUUGAUAAGAUGCAGCCUGAGGAAGAGACUGCGGACAAGGAGUUGGAAGAGAUAUGGCUGGGAUACUACAAGCAUAGCCAUGGGUUGGGGGAGCAUUACAACUCCCUGCGGAAAACUGGCUGAAUUACGACUCGACACAUUGGUUGCAAUUCGCAUAGCAUCCGCAUGUCAGGCUACUUAUGUGCUCUUCCGCCCUCCAACAAGCAUCUGGUGGAAUCUCUCGCUCUUAGACUUCCGACUUGUGUCGCCAAAGGCUCACGCAAUCCCUCACGAUGCCGUUGACGACGCCAACUGUAUGUGUUCGCCUCGGUGUAUAAUGUGCGACUCUGACUAACGCGUUAUCUGCAUCUGGCC